AUGGAGACUAUUUGCGAUUUUUGCGAAAAAGGCCGUGCCACGGUCUAUUGUAAAGCGGAUUCUGCGAGGCUCUGCCUCUCAUGCGACCGAGUAGUUCAUUCUGCGAAUAAUCUCUCCCUUCGCCACCAUCGCACGUUGCUUUGCGACGGAUGCAACGCGGAGCCAGCCUCUGUGCGAUGUCGGGACGAAAACCUUUCUCUCUGCCCGGAUUGUGACCUCGCGUCUCACAACGCAAAUCCGUCCGGCGCGAACCACAGCCGUCACGUGUUUGAAUGUUUCACGGGCUGCCCGUCUGCAGCAGACCUGGCGAAGCUAUGGGGUUGCGACAUGGCUCAACCGCCGCCACUCCUCCAAGUGCAAAAAGCCCAACCCGCCUCUUCCACUUCCACCGCCGGCGGUGGCGCCUUAACUUCCGCUCACGGCUUUCUCGCCGCGCCGGAUCCCGACACCUCUACUCAGCCGGCGCAACCUCAAACACCUAGACCGGCCAUAGUAUUGCCUCGUGUGUCCACUAAUAACGGGAUGAAAGCACCAGUUUCUUGGAACAGCCAGAACCCGGCAGCGUCUCCCAUACUUGCUGCCUCUCCCAUGAUUGCUGCGUCUCCCAUGAUUGCUGCCUCUCCCAUGCUCGCCGCAUCUGGCGCAUACCCCUUCCGGCCGCAGUCGGCUGCGGCGCAGUCGCCGGAGCAGCUGCUCAGCCAAGGCUCAGGCCCGAGGCUAGCCCCCAUUCCUGCUCGCCCUGCUGCUUCUCCCGGUCCUCCUACCAACUCUACCGCUACUGCCCCCUCCCCUGCCCCCUCGGCCUCGGCGUUGGCGCCAGUCAACUCUGCGCCGACCGCCCCUGCUGCGUCACUACCGCCAGGGUCGCGGAAGAGGCAGUUUAUCCGAUCCUACUCUCUCCACACGGACGCUCAGUCCCCGGUGUUCCCACGCGUGGUGAGAACCCCCACCCGCGGCAACACCACCCAUACCGGCGCUCCUUCUGCUGCCGCAUCUGCUGCUCUCUCCGACCGCGACCUGAAUUUUCACCUGAGCCAGCUGGCCAACCGGAGGAUCGCGCAGGAGAUCGCGCAGUCCAGGCGGACAGGGGGAGGAGCGGGGGAAGCAGGAGGAGUGAGCAACGCGGGGGGGAUUGGGCGAGCGGGUGCCGGGUCACCCAUGGUUCUCGAGGCGCCGCAGAAGGGCAGCAGAGGGGGGGUGACCGCCGGGGGGAUGUCCACUGGUGGGGAGAUGACCACUGGGGGGGGGAUGGGCACAUCUGGGGGAAUCAGAGCAGGGAUGAAGCGGAGCUUUGGGCCGGACCCAGCGGAUUUCCCCAUGGCAGCGCCGAGCUUGGAGGCCGGUGGCAGGAGUCAUAGCGGUGCUGGUGGUAGGAGUCAGAGCACGGCUGCUGCUGGCGAGCUGUGCGAUGGCAGCGGUAGUGGGUACGAGGUGGGUACUCCGUCCCGCGGUGCUGCGCAUGGAGUAGCGGGUGAGAAGUUCCCAGGAAAGCGGCAUGCGGGGGGGCUGACGUGUGCCAGCCAGGAGUCACUCCGCGAGGCAGCAGCGGUCCGCCUGGGCGGAGUGGGGCCGGGGGGGGUAGGCAGCGCGGGGCGUACGGGAGUAAUGGCCUGUUUUGAGAAUAAUCAGAAUCCGCAUGUGGUUGGAGGUGGUGGUGUGGGGUCGACAGGUGAGAUGGCUCAGACUGGAGAGUGCGGAGGUGGAACAGCAGGGGCUGGGUGGGGUCGCCAGCUGCAGGAGGCGAAGCAGGAGCUUCUGCAGGAGUUACGGCACGAGCUGCACGCGCAGCGGAUACAGCUGACGCGGGAGCAGAUGCAGCAGCAGCUGAGCCAGCAGCAGCAGAUGCUGAAGCCGCAAACACAGUGUGAGGCGCAGGGGGAGCGAGCACAGGAGAUGCAGGUGCCUGCGCCUGUGGCUGGCGGUAACGCCCUUGGGAACUCCGCAGUCUCGGGGAGCCCGGAGGCCUCUGACAGUUCCUUAGAGGCCGAGAAGACCACGCACAGUCCUGCAGGAAAUUCUGCAGGAAGGCAGGACCAGGAUGUUCCGGGAAUGGGAACACACGGUGGGGCUGCAGGUGCAGGAAGGCACCAGCAAAUGGGCCGAGGAGAGGAGGAUGCGGCAGGGCUGUCAGCAUUGCAUGGAGCAGCAGCAGCAGCAGCAGCAUCAGUAGCGAAGGUGGAAGCUGCUGGUUCUGGUGCGUGUGAUGUGGCAGUGGCAUCGAGCACAUUGGUGGAUGCUGAUGAUGACCCAUUGGACCAAUCCGUGCAUGGCAAUUACAUGCUUCAAGCCCAUGUGAUGGGUGAAGGCCAUGCACAUGGCAUGGAGGAUUCGCACAGUCAAGAUAUGGCGACCCUUAUGGACGCAGACAUGGGCAUGGGCAUGGGCAUGGGGUUUCACAUGGAGGACAUGGAUUUCCCCAUGCCGCUUCCCGGCUGUGAUGACAUGUUUACACUCCCUGAUUCCGACUUUGGAGGAGUCUUCUGUGCUGCAUCUGGUGCCGGGGCUUACGCUGCUGGGGCUUAUGCUACUGGGGCAUAUGCUGCUGCUGCUGGGGCUGGCGGCGGGGCUGGGGUUGGGGGCGGGGGCGGGGCCUUCACUGCUGCGGGUACGUUUGCGGGGUCCGCUGGGUGCGGCAGUGCGGCAGCUGAUGCCUGA